CUUAUUAUGACUUUUUCCUAACCAAAUCUUCAAGAUUUCACUAUCCCUUCUCUCCCUCUAUCUCUCCGUAUAUUUUUAUAUAGAUAUAUAAGAGGCUAUUUACAACAAGUUGAAAUUUAUUAAGUACUCCAUUAAAGACAGAAAAAGAAAAGAUCCAGCGAGAGAGCUGCCAUCUACCAUGGCUGGUUUGCAAAGAUCUGCAGUGUCUUUUAGGAGGCAGGGGUCUUCUGGGCUUGUUUGGGAUGACAGGUUUUUGUCAGGGGAGUUAAAUCAAGUGAAACAGGAACAAGAAGAAGGAGAAACAAAGCAGCAGCUACAGCAGGAAGAACAAGGGCAGCUGCGAGACAAUAACCAAGAAAAAGUUGAUGUUAUUAAGGAUGUUAAGCCAACAAGAAACAUUGGUCCAAUCAACACCAUUGAAAGAAGCCGAUCCAAUGGUGAAAGACGAGGUUACCGUACUGGUAAGGUGUCCCCUGCUAUAGAGCCGCCUUCUCCGAAGGUUUCUGCUUGUGGGUUUUGCAGUGCUUUUGGGAAACAAGCCAAGAAUCAUAGGAAAAAGCCUGGUAAGCGUAGAUCAAGAUAGGUUUUUUCUUUUUCAUUUCUUGUAUUUUCCGGUGACCGGAGGAGGGAAUUCCGGUGAACUUGAUGGGUAGUAUUGGUAUAUUUUUAGGGGGGGUUCAAGUUUAAGUCGAAGUCCAUCUCAAUGAAAUGUGAGAUGUGGGAGUUUUAGUAUUGGUAAACAGAUUAUGGAUGCGUUCUUUUGGUGGUUAAGGUUUUGAUUUUGUUAAUGUUUCUUGCCUUUGUUUCAUUCAGAAUUUUGUGGUUUGGGUGGAUGUAAUUAAAUUAAUCUGUAAAUGUUUUUACUUUGGUUCUGCUGAGACAAUUUUCACAUGUACAAAAGGCAAAAAAAUCUUGAUUUA